AUAUAUAUUUCGAGUUUCUCCUUUGAUCCAGCUCUGCAAAAAUCACAGAUGCUAUACCUCGUCCCGAAUAUGAUGCGACAUUUCGGAACUGUAAAUUUUAACUUGAAUAUAUUUUAGCGAAUCACAAUUCAUUUACGCGAUUCAUGUGCAUCUUCAUGGAUAUGGAAAUACUGUAGAAGAGUCUGAAGCUUUAAAAGAGGACGGUUGGGAGAAAUACAAUAGCUAUGGCCAACUUUCUUGUCAGGAUUAUUUUUACAAUCAGUGUUCUCGUGUAUUCAACAAAAUCGGAACAGAGUCACUGUGGUCACAAACCACUGCUACUAACACCGAAAAGUCGAAUUCAUGUUGAGAGGCCAAAGACCACCCAGUCACGGAUAUUGACACCUGACCAGAGAAUGAAGACGCACGUGGAAUAUGACCAAUCCGUGUUAGAUCUUGAUGUCGCUACCGAUAUUCAGGAUGCUGUAACUGAGGUGGUGGAGCGCAUAUCGAAAACACUCUCUGUCAAACAGGACCCGGGUUUCUUUUUAUUUCCAAAAGACUGUGAAGAUCCUGUGAGUGCUACGAUCAUUGAUGGCCAGGUAUACUGUACCGUAGGAUCCUGUUACGCGCCUGUAUGUGGAGAAAUAAUAGUACCAGAAAGCUUAUCAGAGCCUUGUUAUGACUGCAAUGAUGACGGAACCAACUGCUUGGGAUUUGGAGGAAGGGAUAUAUCGGAAUUGACUGAAAAGGUGCAUUUCACGCUCUUCGUUGGCUCUAUCAAUACGUCGUGUGACUCGGGAACUAUUGCCUACGCUUCGGCAUGUUACCUUGAUGACGUACUAGACAGACCGAUUGCAGGUUUCAUGAACAUCUGCCCUCUUGGUCUUCAGCUGGUAAGAGAACGCCUUUUGUCCGUGAUCCAACAUGAGAUCUUCCAUGCCCUGGGUUUUUCUCAUGGACUUUAUGCGUUCUUUCGUGACAAAGAUGGAGAGCCUCUGACACCAAGAGAAAGUAAUGGACUGCCACCUUUUAACCCAGAUAUUGGUGUGCAUCAGUGGAGCGAUCAAGUGAUCCGGGAAUUAAGUAUAAGUUGGGAGUCACCGGGAGGGACAGCAGCACGUGCGGUCCAAGCGCUCGUUACACCAAAUAUUGUGAGAGAAGCUAGAGCUCACUUUGGGUGCCCUUCGCUCGCCGGGCUUGAGAUAGAAGAUGGAGGUGGAGCCGGUACAGCACUCUCACACUUUGAGAAAAGAAUACUAGCGACAGAAUCAAUGAACGGUUAUCUAGCACCAGUAAGCGCGUUCUCACGUAUGACCCUUGCUCUUCUUGAAGACACUGGAUGGUACAUACCGGACUAUGAUCAGGCCGAUAGGUUGAACUGGGGUAAAGAUCUCGGCUGCGACUUCGUCCAAAAGAGUUGCCACAACUGGAUUAACACCAAACAGAAUGCAGGCCAGAGUUUACUACCCUGGUGUAAUGAGAUCGGUGAAACUGCCUGCCAUGCUGAGGGAGUUGAUGUGGCUGUAUGUGGAUUCUACGAGUACGAACAGCCAAUCCCCGCCAUCUUUCAGAUUUUUGGAACCACCAUUGGAGGAACUGGCCUAGCUGACUACUGUCCAUACUACGAUGUGAAUAGUUUCGCGCCAAGAAAUCAAACAGCCAAUGACCUAUACUGCACUAAUAAGGAAAUUGUCAACGACUGUCGAGUUAAUGACUGCAUGAAUGGGGGAGUAUGUCGUGACGUAAUCGAUGGCUACUACUGCGAUUGCCCGGUUGGAUAUGCAGGCGCUGUUUGUGAUCAUGAGAACGUCGACUGUACAUUUGACGCUGACUGUGAAGUCAACGAAGUUUGCUCAGAGCGAAAUGAAUGCGAGUGCGAACGAGGUCGGACGAGACAAAACGAUAUAUGCAUUGGGGUCGCAGAGGUUAAGGAAUACUCAAUGACCCUCGUCGUAUCUGAGGUGAAUGGAGAACCAGCUGUGUACGACCCUUCACUUCUGGGACCCGAAGGGGAACAGUUUAGACAUUCGAUAGAGUAUGAGAUUCGUCAGAUUAUAGGGAAUGAUGCUUCUCUUCGCGUGGCACUAGUAGAGGUGGUAGCCAGGAAUAUAUCCAGCGGAAGCAUUGUUGUAGAUAUUGCAAUGAUAUUUCGGGAGAACGCAUCAGAUAACUCUACCAAUAUUACCCUUGCUUCAGUUGUGGCGGCUACUACCACUGAUCAGAGUGUCUUACAAGAAAGUGGCACCGCUUUUACAAUCAUGUGGAAUGCAUCGGUUGUUCAAGAUGCAAACGAAUGUGAGGAUGGAGCUGGUAACGACUGUUCUCAGUCCGCCCGGUGUACAAACACAGAUGGAAGCUAUGAAUGUGCAUGUCUUCAAGGGUACGAAGAUACCGGACAAUCGGGUGUUCUUCCAGGAAGAAAUUGUACAGAAAUAGACGAGUGCGACACAAACCCAUGUCUAAACGGUGCGACUUGUACGGAUGAAAUCAAUGGAUAUUACUGUAUUUGUGCUGCUGGAUAUACGGGAAAUAAAUGUGAAACAGAAAUAGACGAGUGCGACACAAACCCAUGUCUUAACGGUGCGACUUGUACGGAUGAAAUCAAUGGAUAUAACUGUACCUGUGCUGCUGGAUAUACCGGAGAUGAAUGUGAAACAGAUAUUGACGAGUGCAACGUGAAUCCUUGUCUUAAUGGUGCGACUUGUACGGAUGAAAUCAACGCAUAUAGCUGCACCUGUGCUGCUGGAUAUACGGGAAAUGAAUGUGAAACAGAUAUUGACGAGUGUAACGUGAAUCCUUGUCUUAAUGGUGCGACUUGUACGCAUGAAAUCAACGCAUAUAACUGCAUUUGUGCUGCUGGAUAUACGGGAAAUGAAUGUGAAACGGAUAUUGACGAGUGCAACGUGAAUCCUUGUCUUAAUGGUGCGACUUGUACGGAUGAAAUCAACGGUUAUAACUGCACUUGUGCUGGUGGAUAUACUGGAAAUGAAUGUGAAACAGAAAUAGACGAGUGUUACGUGAAUCCUUGUCUUAACGGUGCGACUUGUACGGAUGAAAUCAAUGGAUAUAACUGUACUUGUGUUGCUGGAUAUACGGGAAAUGAAUGUGAAACAGAUAUUGAUGACUGUAGCACAAAUCCUUGUCUUAAUGGUGCGACUUGUAUGGAUGAAAUCAAUGGAUAUAAAUGUACUUGUGUUGCUGGAUAUACGGGAAAUAAAUGCGAAACAGAUGUGGACGAAUGCCUUUCAUCGCCAUGCCAAAAUGAUGCUACGUGUAGUAGUCUGGCCACAAAUGUUCUAUGCGAAUGCCCAGAAGGCUAUUCUGGAGACCAAUGCCAGAUCGAACCCGUGACCUGUGUAGGUGCCAACAGCUGCGGAGAACUUGAAAUUUGUAACACAGAAGGAAUGUGUGAAUGUGGUCCCAAUUAUAUCGAGAAUAGCAACGGACAGUGUGGAGUUGCGUACGUAUAUACGGUAUCUCUGACCAUCACAUCAUUCAACGGCCAGUCAAUAUCAUUUACUAUUGCCCUUACUGAUGUUACGAGUGACGAGUACCUUAGACUAGCAUCCAUAUUGAGACGAUUGCUUUUGUUGCAAGUACGCUUGCUUCGACGACUCGCCCGUAUCAUUUUCCGAAGCGGAAGUGUCAUCGCCACGUUCGAAGCCGGGACCGCCGAACCGAUGUCAGCAAACGAUCUCCAACAGAUGAUCAUAUCCGAUCUGGGCAGCGGCAAUAUUACUUCUGGUGGGAGCUCCAUAGGUGUUGACCCGGAUACCCUGGUCGCGACAGAUUUCAACGAAUGUCUAAUAGCAUCCGACAACGACUGCUCGCCCAAUGCCGACUGUUCAAAUAUGGAAGGGUCUUAUACAUGCAGUUGUCGUGAGGGCUUCACCGACAACUCUCCUGACACAGGAAGACCCGGCCGGGUGUGCACUGUAGGUGGCCUUUCGAAGGGUGCCAUCAUCGGCCUUUCUCUCGGCCUGGGCAUGGUGUUUAUCUUCACACUCCUUACAUGUACGGCAUGCUUAUUCAUGCAGUCCAAAGCAAACGCAUUUUAUAACGAAUACUACAAACGACCCAUCGCUCGUAAACCCCGCCGCCCUCCCCUCCGAACCAGAGAUCGAGGUCGAAACUUCAGGUCGGACAUGGACCAGAACUUGGCGCCAACAAAGAUGACCAACGGAAUAUACGGUGCUCCCGGCUCUCCCGGACUGACAGCGCUGUAUGGGGACGGCACGAAAAACUGGUACUUGCGCGAUGGAAGGGGGCUAAUGGAUUCUCCUUUCGCAUCGAGAGGACCCAACUAUUACACUUCGCCAACAAGGGGUAAUUUUGCCCGCCCUUCUCGGAAUCGACAGCCACCAAGAUACUCUGCUCAUCCUGGCAAUCGUCAUCAAGCUUCUUGGACAGACUACGAAGACCCUUUACCUCCGUAUUCAAGACGUGAAGGUCCCGACUUUGACGAGGAUAAUGAAUUCCAUCGUCCGACUCAUACUUCAGGAAAUUUAUUUUACUGAAAUGGUUACGGGUAGCAAAGAAAUUCACCCCCAGUUUCCUUAAAAAUGACAUCUCUAUCGGGAUCUCUAUUGACAAGAAUAUCUCAUUUGGGAAGCGAAUGAUCCAUAAUUUUUAUUUCAUUCAUAAAUUAUAAUAAGGGUAGGUUUAGAGGUUGGCUUAGAGGCAGGAUUGCUUCAUAUUAGCUGUUUAUUCUAGUUUUAUAUUUUGCAAAAGCUUUGUUCUUAUAUGAGAACAACGUAUUUCAUGUGACGCAGCGAAAAAGGGUCUCAUUUAUUUGUUCACUUUAUUUCUACUACUUUCUAUUCUAUAUCGCGAUGGCUAUUCCAAUUUUAUUCGAAGCUGCUACCCCUUUAUUAUUACCAAUCCGUAUCCAGUUUGUAUGAUGCCGUAUUUGGACAUUGAAGACCCCUAGCUAUUGAGCUCAAACUAAAAUCAAGAUACAUGUAUUUUUUGUACAUUUCAUGUAAGUACUACAGAGGUCCAUCAGUUAAAAUACCAUUAAAGUUCUCAAGUGAUCUAGUUCACCAAAAACAUGAAAAGCAGGUAAUUAUUAAUUACAUCAAUAUCUGCAAUUGCAGUACUUUACUACGAUACCCGAACAAUGGCAUUUGCUGCUGAUCUGUAAUUUGUAAAUAAAUAUCCACUUCUGAAAAUGAAAAGGGUACAACAAAUAUAUCAAUUGAUGCGAUGGAUUAUUUAUACGUUUUACUUUAUUGUUGAAUAUUAAACCCACGCUAUUAUAGUGAAUUAAACCAUGACUUUGAGUACAACUAAUUUCAUUCCCCCUUUCUAAUCCCCUUAUUAUUGUAAUCCAUGCAUAUUAAAGGGGAAGUUCAACCUGAAAAAAAAGUUUAUUGUAAAAAUAGCAGAAAAUCAGCCAAGGUUUGAGGAAAUCCAAUCAAAUAAUAAAAAAAGCUAUUAGAAUUUUAAAUAAUUGAUUUGUGACGUCAUUUGCGAGCAGAAUGAUUCCUACGUAUCGUAUGGUAAACAAAUAGUCAAAUGUCAUUUUCUCAUAAAAUUGAAAAUGGUUUUAAUUGUAACAGUACGCAAAUCAACUUAUUAUUUUACAUGCUAUUUUUACAACAAAGUGUUCGUCAGGGUGAACCUUCCCUUUAAAGAAUUUUUCAUUUUCCCCGGCAACUCCGGCAACUUUGCUGAUUCCGAAUCUGAAAGCUACAUUAUUUGUUGUCUCGCCCAUCUCCGUCUUUUCCUGGACAUAUUUUCGCCACUGUCUCUUUCUCUUACACACACCCUGCCCCACACGUGUUCGCACACACACACACAAAACCUCAUACACAAACACGUAGUAUGAUAUGUUUUCCCCUCACACUCACUUUUUCAACCAUCUUUUUUUUCUUCUCCGUCUUCCUUGUUAAUCAUCGUCCGUGCUCCCUGCUUCUUAGUCCGACCCUUUCUCCUGUAAUUCCCCCUCCUCAAUAGUUUAUUUCCAAUUGGUCUAAUGCCAAUUCGUCUAAUUACCAACUCGUCUACUAUCAUCUGGUCUAUCAUCAAUUCGUCCACUAUCCACAUGGUCUGAUUACCAUUUCGUCUAAUAACCAGUUGGUCCAAUAGCCAUUUAGUGCAUAAACCAUUUGUUCUAAUUGGAUAAGUGUUAAUUGGGCGAAAUGAAUGAAAAGAAAAUUAUUAGACCAACUGUUUAUUAGACGAAAUGGUCACAGACGAACUGGUGAUUAGACGAAAUGGUCACAGACGAACUGGUGAUUAGACGAAGAGAUCAUUGGACCAAAUGGUUGUUAGACGAGAUGUUGAUGGACGAAAUGGCACUAGACUAAAUGAAAGUAGACCAUGUGAUGAGUGGACGAGUUGGCAAUAGACGAAUCGGCAGUUUACCUCCCUAAUCGCCCUCCCCCCAUCUCUCUCUCUCCCCCCCCUCUGUCUCUCGCUUGCUCUCGUCCUUUCUAUUGUAGACUUUUUUUAUUUCGCUGUCGGUUUCUCUUGCUUCGAUUUCCAAAUAGAUUUAUCCCCAAACAUCCAUGCAUGAAAGUGCAAGAAAAGCCAACAAGUUCAUACUUUCUUAUAAAAAGAAAUAAACUUUAAUGGAAUUUUCACAGAAUGGAGAUUUGGAAUGCAUGUUUUUAUUUAACAUACUAUUAAUUUACCGCAUACACUGUAUUGCAUCGAAAAUCAAAAGUGUACAUAUUUUAUAUUUUAGUCUUGAUUAUUCUACUCUACGGAUUGUCUUUGUCUUUCCAUCAGGGAGAAUAGAGCUGUUGUCACAUGAACCAUAUACUUAAGAAGC